UGGAGGGGGUUGCGAUGACUAUGUUUGAUUCCAAUCUAACAUAUGAUUUAAAUCUUAUGCAGUGGACCGGUGAUGAAGCUUUAUCUAUGGGACAAGGCCGCAUCUGACUUCUGCGAGAAAUUCAAAUCUUAUGGAAGCACUCCACGCGUUCUGUUGGUCACCACAGUAAACCCUAAACAUCUUGGAGGAACCCUUGCUCUCACUUCGAUGGUAUCAUCUCGAGUGUUUAUGGAUAACGAUGUCCAGCCUAGCAGGGAUUAUCUUGGAUGGCUGAGCUCCAACUCAGAUCUUGCUAAUAAGAUUAAUGCUGAGGUUGUUACUAAGCCCGAGACAGCGACUCUAGAGGAACUUUUCGCCUACAUCAAGCAAGAGACUGCUAAGGUACAGUAGUUGUUCUGUAUUCAUAUUCAUUGUGUUAUGCUUGUGAAUUAAUAGAGUUUGUAUUAUUUUCACAAUGAUAGGUUGCUUGGUUUGAAUGCACAGCGACUAUAGAUGAUGUUCUUUGGGGUUUUGCUUGGUAUUAUAUCUCAUGCGGUGGGUGUAAUAGUAAGGCAGUGAAAGGGCCUAACUCUCUGAUUUGUAACAACAAGAAAUGUGGGAAAAGUUACGUUACGGGCGUUGCUCAGUAAGUGUCGUAUACAUAGUUUCAUUUAGUUUUUUUUUCCACCACUAGAAGCUAAUCCCCUCUCAUGGCAGAUACCUCACGAGGAUUUCUGUUUACGAUAAGAGUGAGCAGGCAGUUUUUGUCAUUUUUGGUGAUGCUGGCAAGGAGCUGACUGGGAAGCAUGCAUCAGAAUUAGUUGCCAGUUACUUUGAGGUAAUUUCAAACCUAAGUUAUUUGAACUUGCGUAUAUUUUCUAGCCCUAUACAUAGCCUCAAGUUAUCUGAACUUGCAUAUAUUUUCUUGAACAUUAGGCUAAUGAGGGCGUAGAAGCUGAUCAUUGCGUGCCGGUACCGCAAGCUCUACUUGAUACAAUAGGGCACACUUAUAGAUUCAUUGUGAAAGUCUCAUAUCAUAAUUUGUCAAGGAAGACUCAAACCAUAACUGUCACAAAGAUACUUCCACCAGCAACUCCACAGCCUAUAGCGUCCUUGGAAGAACACGCUGUUCCAUCGACGUCUGAUGAUAUCCUGAAGACUGGAGGUGACAGAGUUAGGCAAGCAUCUGAGAGCCUUGAAUCAGCUGAAGCCAAGCGCUGCAAGAGUGGCUGAUAUAGCUUUGACAAUCCUAUUACGCAGUGAUUGCAUUUGCUGCAGUUUGAGUUUCGUUUUUAUGUUUACCUAAUUACUUUGCCUUCACUCCAAUUCUAUUUUCAGACUUUUUUUCAUUGGAGUCUUUCUGUUUCUUUGAAUACAGUUUCCCGUUAUAU